CUAAAAAAUGUCAACAGGAAGUUGGAUUAUUUGGUGUUGAGAAUUUUAAUUUUUGACUUCUUGAAUGCUGCCUACUUAAUCAUUUGAUUAAAGGAAUGGCACAGUUCGGGAGAGAUUUGGACACAGCAUGUAUAAGAAUAAUUUCAUCCGAAAUUAUUGACAAGCACACGGAAUAUUUGAUAGAGGUUACAGUUGGUACAUAUACAUGGACAGUCAAGCACAGAUACAGUGAUUUCUAUGAACUCCAUGAGAAGCUUGUUUCACAAUGCAAGAUAGAUAAGACUUUGCUUCCACCAAAGAAAUUGUUUGGAAACCAGAAUGAGACUUUUAUCAAGAAGAGACAAACUGAGUUAGAGAUUUAUCUACAAACAGUAUUAUUUUACAUGACACACAAAAUUUCACCACCCUUGGCUGCAUUUUUGGAGUUUCAUAACUAUGAGAUUCAUGGCAUAACACAGACAAUGGCGGAAGAUCUUUACAAUAAAGGUGAUGUACUUCUCCAGUUGAAGGAGGUUUAUUCUGUUACGCCACUACAAUUACAUUGUUUGACAGAAAGACUCAAACUACCAGAGCCUACAUGUGAUAGUGGAGAUACAAAGAAAGACAUAGGACAUAUUUUAGAUUUUAUAACCAGAGUGAAAUGUUUACAUGUCAAAGGUCAACAACACCCAGUAGGAAGCAGUAAUAUACUGAUGGCAAAGUUAAAGUUUGAUUUGACUUUGUACAAGUCAUUGGAAUGUUUAGAAUUAGAGCAUUGUGAUCCAUUGUUGAUAUCUGGUUUAGAGAUAUACUUAUAUAACCUUGAUAUUUUCCAGUUAGAGCAUUGUGAUCCAUUCUUGAUAUCUGGUUUAGAGACAAACAAGCAGUCAAUAGAACAUUUAUUUAUACACUAUUCUUUAAACUCCAUACGGGACAUUAUGCUACAAGAUAUUCCCCAUUGGAAAGCCGAGGAUGGGACUAUGGUUGUAUCACAUUGGGAGAAUUUGAUAGAAGUAGAUUUUAGUCACAACUCAAUAUUACACAUAGAUGAUAGUGUGCAAUUAUUACCCCGAGUAGAAGUACUUGACUUGAGUUACAACAAACUGGAAUCAAUAGAGCAUCUGAACUGGUUAAGUCAGUUGACGAUACUUAAUCUGUCAUACAAUAACAUCAGUCAUCUCGACUCUCUACAUACAAAGCUAGGAAAUCUAAAGAAACUUAAUCUAGCUGGCAAUAAACUCAGUAGUCUCAGUGGUUUGUCAAAACUAUUUUCAUUGGAGAAUUUAGAUGUGAUGGAUAACAACAUCUCUCAGAUACCAGAAGUAAAGUAUGUGUGUGGACUCCCGUGCUUAGAAUGUCUGUAUCUGACGGGUAACCCUGUUACUGCUGUAUUGGACUAUAGGACUAAGGUCUUAGCUAUGUUUGGUGACAGGGUUGUUGAGGCUACAUUGGAUCAAGAAAAACCAACAGAGAAAGAACUAGAUACUGUCAGAGUUGUUCAAGCAAUACAGAAAUCUAAAGAGAAGAAAGAAGAGAAAGAGAAAGAGAAAGAAAAAACAACAUCUUAUACAAGUUUGAGAAGAGAAUCUGAGUGCAGUCAAACUUCAGAAUUAGGUUGGAGCACAGUUCGUCCCACUAGUCUUUCAUCAGCAAGUAACCAAGAAUCAUCUAACAUAAAAUCAUCAGAUAUUGGCCAGAACAGAACAUCAAGCACUUCAAGCAUGGCUUCACUAACUUCAUCUUCAGAGCCUAAACAGGAUCAUCUGGAAGAACAAACCAUGGUCGGACAUAAAAUGACUGAAAAAAUGGUGAAAUCAUCCAAAGACAGUUCAGCGAUUAAUUGUAGUAAAUUACCCACAAUGCACAACAAAGAUUUUGCUACCUGGAUGCAGAAUAGAUUGUUUGGAACAUUAACUGACUCUGAGCCAGUGGCAGAAAAAAUCAUAGACAUUUUAUGGUGCAUGGUCGUUCAAUAUUCAAACCAACAGGUGAUAGAACCCAGUUGUGUGGUGUUGACUGAAAGAAGAAUCUUUAUUCUAAGACUGAAAAAGGGAAAAUCUACAACUAUGAACAUUCCAGACAUGGAGACAUUUUACAUUAUGCCAUUGUCAAAUAUACAUGAGGUUUUGAUUGGUGCCUGCUACUCAUUUAUACGAUUGGAAGAGUCGUUCGUUUCCUCGAGUGGAACAUUUGCAUUGGUUGUUACUGAUGCAGAUGCUGGAAAAUCUUUUGCUGAUGGAGUAGAAAACUGUCUAAAGCAGGAUCAAGCUGUGGCUGGAGUAUCACCAUUAACCAAUCAUUCUCAGUAUGGAGAUCUUGCUAAGCAUAUCUUUAAGCUGGAGGAUGAACAAGGUCUCAGUACUGGACGAUUAGCAUUUGCCAUGUGUGUAACUAUAGCUGGUAUAGAGCAAAUGUCAAUGUUACUUUUAUCAGAGAACGGUGUAUAUUUAAUUGAUUUAGAUUGUCUGUUCUGGCCAAAGCCAUCAUACAUCACAAUAUUAGAGGAUAUUAAAUCUCCCAACUUCACAUUCCUUCAGAAUCAUUCCAUUGGCACUAAAAUUAGUGAUAUCACAAUCAACAUAACAUUCAAAGAGAAACAUGCUCAUAAAACACUACCACAUCAAAAUGAUAUCAAAUAUGAAAAAUAUGGAUUUUCGAUAAUAUUUCAUGAACUAAUUGGACCUGUAGGCUUUCAUGUGUCUUUUUUCUCAGUGAAAUCUAGAGAUGCAUUUCUGGACAGAUUAACUAACCUUAGGUCUGAACAUGCUCACCAGAUGUCGCCUACGAUUAGGGAGGAACCAGAAGGGGGCAAUGAAUCCUCUGACAGUCUGGAUAUUUCUUCUGAGGAUGACGGAGAUAUUAGCAUCAGAGUUUCUCCAGCCAGUAAUGUAACAGGCAAAGAUAGGUCAUUUACUGUGGCUGGUACAAAUGUCCACUCUGAACAAUUAGGCCUGUCAGGACUGUCAAACAAAAUGUUUGAUGUUCUUUAUCUAACUCCUGAGUUAGGAUCACACUUACAAGAGUCACUACAAAGCUACAGUUUGAUAAAACCAUUAACCUCCAAACUAGAAAUGUUAGCUAAAGCCUCUGGUAGUGACUUGGUGCAUUACUUUCAUUCAGACAUCUCUCUGAUUGGUUCAGAACAGGAGCAAUUACAUCAUGUCAUGUGGGGUACAGUCGUACCCUACCAAGAUAUUAAACAUGAAAUUGUUACUCUGAUCAUGUUUAGUACAAGGUCCAUGUACUUUAUAUCUGAACAGCUUGUCAAGUCUCCAGUGGUUGAACGUCCAUCGUGGAUGACUCACUCCCGUAAUAAAUCUGACUCUGUAAUUGGAUUCCAGGUGAAGCAUCUCGACAAACACCACAGUUCAGGGAUAAUUCAUAGCUCACAGAGUAGAGGGACAAUCAUCAGAUCAUAUCACGUCUUUAAUUACCGUGACCUCAAGCAGGUCAAUAUUGGCUUAUUUGAUCAAUGUGUUCGUAUCACUGGAAAAGAUCAGAAUUCUGUUUACACAAUUGUUACUCGUGAUUCUAUGGUCACAGAAAAGGUAUUGCACUACCUCAAUGCAAUGCUUUCCAUUUUCCAGUCCUCACCAAUGUUAGAGAAGAGUUCUAGUGACUUAGAACAAGAUUUUUAUAGAGCAUUUGAUAAACGCACAAAGACAACUAUUGAAGGCAUGGAGUAUACUCACCCGAGUCGUGUACAGUUUGUAUAUCCAGGAGAGGAUGUCAUCACAGAUCUACUGUAUGUUAUUACUGAACAUUUACGAUUGCCUCUCAAUGCUAAGAGAAAGGCAGACAUUUUGAUGUAUCUACAGGGUUAUAUAAAGUCAUCUGAAUCAGAUGGGAUUGAACUAUUGUCAAAGUCAAUUGUUUUAACCAAUCAGUACUUGUGUAUUAUAAAUGAGGAUGUUGUCAGUUAUCCACUGCCAGACUUUGUAAGGGGAAUUCCCAACACGCCAAGAUAUGUCUUGACUGAAUGCAGGAAAGUAGAUUUUCUGAAGAGAAUAUUAUUGUUCAAAGAAGACAGUAAGAUAGCAACACUGAUCUUCUCAGAUGAACCAGAUGAUAUUGUGGUGGACGCUGAUCACUUUAGUUUAGACAGUGACUCCAAGGGGAGACAAUCUCCACCAGAAAUUGAAAUAAUGUUGUUCAUUCAAAGUGAAAAGGAGAUGGACAAAUUUGUUCUGUUACUUAGAAACCAGUGGCGAGAUAUACAACAUGGCAGUGAAUUAGAAGUACAUUUAUUGUAGAACUAGACUCCGUUUUUUUUCUAAAAAUCAUAAAAAGUUCAAUUUCACAGCCAUUUAUUCUUUUGAAAUGUUAGCAUAUACAGCUUAAAGUAUAUAUAAGCUACACUGACCUCUAAUGUGAUAUACUGUUUAUACAGAAAGAGAAAUAAUUCUUUUUAAAAGUUUUAAGGUGCUUCAAUUGAUAUAAGGAUAUAACAUUAACUUACUGACCUCAUUAUAAAGCUUCUAAAAACUUAUUGCAAUAGUUAUUUCUAAAGACUAGUAGCAUCAUGUAAAGGUCCUUUGAUUCAACAAAUAAUAAUCAAGAAUCAAACAUGCAGGUUCAUUACAAGAUUAUUUUAAUGUUUUUUUAUGUUCUUGAUUUAUAUAUAUUUUUUAUGGUUUUGGACAACAAUUGUAAAGAUGUGUUUUUAUUAAGUGCUAUAUCAUGAAUACUCAUGAAUACUUAAUUUGUUAGCAUGUGAACUGAAGCAGACAUUUGCAAUAAAGGAAACCAAAAAAAACCAACCCAACUGACUUUAAAUAAGGAGAAAAGAAUGCUGUACUAUCUGGAUUAACAAGCAUUAAAAUAAUAAAGGUUGUUAGCUAACACAAAAAUGGAAGAUUUUGAUAACUGUUUUAUCAUCGUGUAAAAGAUAAACUGUUUAAAAACUGUGUAAGGUUUAAAAACUGUGUAAAGUAGUUAAGGAUAAGCAAGACAUAUUUCCAUUGCAACUGCAUUAAAUUAUUCAACACAACAUUUUCUCCACUUAUCAAGGUCUUAUAUUUACAACUGGAAACAUUUCAAUCAUCUGACAGUGAAUUAUAACAUAUCUUUCUUCAAUUAAUUGUUUUUAAAUUUAUAAAUAAUUGAAGGUUUUAACUACCUCCUGCAAAGUUGACUUUAAAUGAAUUUGGCUAUUAAGUUAGGUCCAUUUUGAUCAUUUAGUGUUUUGUGUCAUGUGUUAGUAAUGAUACAUUCUUGACUUCAAAUAUAUCAGCUUUCCUUAUGAAGGAAAAUCAUAGUUCUUAUUAAAUGUUAUUUUCAAUGCUCUAUGCUUUCUGUGAAAGAAAUAAAAAUUAAAAACCAAUAGUGUAAUCUACAAAAAAUUAUUAGUUCUGUAUUUUAAUAUUAUUUUAAAAUUUCUAAUUGAUCCCAAGAGAAUGACUGUUUUAUACACUGUUAUCAUGUCACACCAUGUUGCCAGACCAAUUUUAAUGUUUUUAUGUUUACUUUAAUAUAUAUUUAUACACUGCCUUCUGUUUAUAUUUUAACAGAGGUCUGAAUAAAAUAAUGAAACUGAUA